GGACGCGUAUAAAUACCUGCUGCUCGUCCAUGGCAACCGGCACCCAUCUCAUCUCGACCGUCCUCCAUCGCUCCCUCCUCGAUCGCGCUAGUAGCAGCAGCUAGUGACCUCUCCGAGAAUAGCUAGCUAGUAGGGCGGCGGCGGCCAUGGGGAAGGGUAGCGGGGGCGCGUGGUGGGGGCUGCUGCUCCUCGCCGGGGUGCUGCUCGCCGCCGCGGCGACGGCCGCCGCAGAGGAGGAUGUGGCUGCGGCGGAGGUGGCGGCGGACCGGGACCCGAAGGAGGACCUGCGGUGGUGCAGGAAGGGGUGCCGGUGGCAGUACGGGCAGGACGCGCGGCGGCGGGAGGAGUGCGAGCGCGAGUGCCGGGAGCGGCACCGCCAAGGCGAGCAGGAGGACGACGACGAGGACGCGCUCGGCUCCGGGAGGGGCGAGUGCCGGCGCAAGUGCGUGAGCCGCUACGAGGACCAGCCGUGGCGGGUGCCCGAGUGCGUGAGCCGGUGCCGCCGCCGCGGCGUGGAGGAGGAUGAAGAGGAGAACGAGAGCGGGCGCGGGCGCGAGUGCCGGGAGCGGUGCGAGCGCCGCCACGGCGGGGACUGGCGGGAGAAGCAGCGCUGCCUGAUGGAGUGCCGGCGCCAGGAGCAGGGGGCCGCCGAGGACGACGGCAACCGGUGCCCGUGCUCAUGCCGGACGCAGUGCGAGCGCCACCAGGACCAGGGCAGCAGGCGGCGCUGCGUCGAGGCCUGCGAGCGCCGCCGGGAGCAGGAGGGGGAGGACGGCAACCGGUGCCCAUGCAGCUGCAGGACUCAGUGCGAGCGCCAUGGCGACCAGGGCAGCAGGCGGCGGUGCGUCGAGGCGUGCGAGCGCCGGGAGCAGGAGGAGGGCCACGGCGGCAGCCGCGACGCCGACGAGAACAGCAGCCGCGGGGACCGGUGCCAGAGGAAGUGCCAGCGCCAAAGCGACUGGCCGGCGAGACUGCGGUGCAUGGAGCAGUGCCAGCGCGAGGAGCGGCAGGAGGAGGGCCGCGGCGACGCCGACGAGCAGGACAGCUACUGCAGCAGCCGCUGCGAGGAGAGGUGCCAGCAACACGGCGGCCGGGAGAAGCAGAGGCGGUGCGUGCGCCGGUGCGAGCGCGAGGAAGGCUGCCGCCGCCGCGACGCCUUCAUCGCCGCCGACGAGGAGGAGGACAACGACGACCGCAGCUGCAGGCAGCAGUGCCAGCACCACCGCGACUACGACAGGAAGCAGCAGUGCAUGCGCGACUGCCGCCGCCACCACGGUAGCGGCCGCGGGGAGGGCGAAGAGCGCGCCGCCGACGAGGAGGACAACCACCACUGCAGGGAGCAGUGCCAGCACCACCGCGACUACGACAGGAGGCAGCAGUGCAUGCGCGAGUGCCGCCGCCACCACGGCCGCGACGGCGCCGACGAGCAGGACAACGGCUGCUGCGGCGACCGGUGCGAGAUGAGGUGCCAGCACCACCAGGGCGACCGGGAGAAGCAGCGGCGGUGCGUGCGCCGGUGCGAGCGCGAGGAGGGCUGCAGCCGCCGCCGCGACGCCGCCGCCGACGCCGACGAGGAGGAGGGCAACGACGACCGCAGCUGCAGGCAGCAGUGCCAGCACCACCGCGACUACGACAAGAAGCAGCAGUGCAUUCGCGACUGCCGCCGCCACGGCGGCCGCGGCUGGGAGGCGGUGGCCGGCGCCGUCCUCCAGGUGGUGUGACGUGCAUGGCGUGGCGCGCAGCGAAUAAAAUAAAGUGCGUACGACACGUGUCGCCGCGCCGGCCGCACACGUGGCUGGCCUGCAUGCGGACCCCACCCGUCGACCAAGUACUGCCGCUCCUCGUCCGUAUACACACCUGUGUAUACGCACGCGUAUGUGUAUACGUCUUCCGUACGUAGAGGCGUAGAGGAAUAAAAGAGCGGUGGAUGCAUACGUGGCGAUCGCUCUCCGUACGAGAGAGCUGACGUGUACUGUAUGCGACGAUGUAAAUACGUGAUGUGGAGGGACCCGCUGUCUAUGGUGACACUGUUUGCCUUAAGUUGACAGGCUAUGUCAGUGAGAUGUGUGGUGUUAAAUAAA